CGCUCAUUCACCAUCCUCUUAUCAUGCCACUUCGGUCCAUAGAUCUACCCCAGACGCCAUCUGCGUGGCACUGCCCUACGCCAUGGAACCAAGUUAUUCCUUGGCUUUUGUUCUUCGCCGACCACGUUCUCCGGUUCUUCGCAAUUUACGCUGUACAGCUUGAUGCUUUGGUUCGAUCAGGCGCUCGUUCACGGGGUAGAAGCUGAUGGUAGAUGCUACUAUUUUCUGGGGCUCCAUGCGUAUAGACUUCGCAGAAGCCCUUGUGCCCGGAACCUCGCUCCCGGUUGUCCUAUCGCAGAAGAGACAGCCAUCAACAGCAUGCCCAAGAGGUGUAGCGCAUCAGCGAGCGGGUCUUGAUGCCUUCGCAUACUCCCGGCCUCGUCCGCUCUCGUUCUCACAACGUGGGCACCACGGGAUCACACACGGCGCAGCCAUUUCCUAGGCUACAGGUCUUCAAUCAGGCGCUAGAACGCAGGUUUACGUUUAUUCUUGCUUCUGUCUCUCACGGAAUCUCAAACAUUUGCCGUUC